AUGGCUACGUAUGAAGCAUUGUAUGGGCGGAGGUGUCGAACUCCAACAUGUUGGACGGAAUUGGGCGAACGAAGAGUUUUGGGCCCAGAGUUAGCAGCAGAUAUUGAGGAUAAGUGGAAGAAGGUGUUAAGGUUUGGACGGGAGGGGAAGUUAAGCCCAAGGUUCAUUGGGCCAUAUCGGGUUGUGAGGUGGAUUGGGCUAGUCGCUUAUCAGUUGGAAUUACCUUCUGAACUAAGCCAAAUUCACGACGUGUUUCAUGUUUCCAUGCUAAGACGGUAUCGCUCAGAUCCUUCACAUGUCGUGGCGGUUGAGGAAAUCGGGGUUAGGCCAGACCUAACUUUCGAGGAGGAGCCUAUACAAAUAAUUGGACGUGACGUUAAGGUACUGAGAAGGAAGUCCGUCCCAUUAGUCAAAGUGUUUUGGCGUAAUCACAAGGCUGAGGAGGCUACUUGGGAACCUGAGAAAGCAAUGCGACAUCAAUACUCUCAACUAUUUGGAUUAGUUAAGUGCUAA